AUGGAUUUAGAUAUGGAGUACAUAUAUGAGCACUAUGCUGAGUUGUCCGACGGCUUGUGCGACGAGGAGGACUACACGGAUGAGACGGCGAUGAUGCAUGCAGUCUUUGCAGACGCAGGAGCUGUUCGGUCCUUUGAUGACUACUUCAUCUUGAAGGAGGACGUUGUGGGAAGGAUUGGGUUCUAUGGUUACCAGAAGUGCACGGCCACACUGCAGAUGCUUGCAUAUGGCACGGUCCCUGAUUCAUGGGACGAGUACCUACAGAUGUCAGAGCACAUGUGGAGAUGUCAUGGUCAAGUUUGCAACUGCCGUGGUCGAGGUGUUUGGAGCUCAGUACCUGAGAGAACCAACUGUCGCAGCCUCCGAGAGGAUCUUGGCAAUCUCGGAAGGGGUGGUCAGGAAAAGCUCCUCCUCGCCACUAUACUGUCAGUGAGCAUGAGUACAACAUGGGCUACUGUCUGGUUGACGGUAUCCAUCCUCCGUGGUCUACCUUUGUCAACACCAUCUCUAAGUCAAUGGGCAGAAAAAGUCUCACUUUGCCCCAGAAAAGCGGCUAUAAAGGAUGUUGACAGGGCAUUUGGAGUUAUGCAAGCACGUUUUGUAGUUGUUCGUGGACCUGCUAAACAAUGGGAUCCUGAGCCCUUGUGGGAGGUGUUGACCUGUUGUGUGAUCAUGCACAACAUGAUCGUGGAGGAUGAGGGUGAGGAUGCUACCGCGGGUCUUGAAUUUGAGAACAUGGGCGAUCAUAUUGAAGUUCCAAACAAGAAUCCGGCCACAUUUGAAGAGUUUGUUCAAAUGCAUCAAUAA